AUGGAGGCGUCCCCUGCGGUGGCGGCCGGGAAAUCAGGGCCCGCCAUGGCUGCAGGCCGGCGCGUGGACGCCUAUAAGCGUUGGCUGCUGGGCACCAUGGAGGUGUCGGCGGCAGGCUGGAGUCUCACCAUCCAGUCCCCGUGCUUCUUGCGUGGCCCGCACCACCCCCAGACCCCCACCCCGCACGAAAUCUCUCCUCAUUUCCCCCAUUUUCUUCUCUCCCAUCGGGCUCUAGGCCGCCUCCCUCCCUCAGGCCGGCGCCCUUCCACGCAAAGGCCGGCCUCCCGCCGGCGCCGUCCUGCCCCGCCGCGUCCCUCCCUCCCUCCCGCCGACGCCGGCCAGCCCCGCCGUGUCCCUCCCUCCCUCCCGCCGACGCCGGCCAGCCCCGCCGCGUCCCUCCCUCCCGUCGGCGCCGCCCCGCGGCCUCCAUCCCUGCAGAAGGCAGCAGCUCGCACCUCCACGCCCACCACACGACGCCGCCUCCUUCCGCCGCACCAGCAGCAAGCUCCGCCGCGUUUCCUCAUACCAGCGGUUGGCAUGACCUCGUGGAGGAGCAGCGGGCAGAAAUUCCACACGCCUGCGCCGUCCCGCGCCAUGGAGACGAAUCUUCUCCACGAGGUCGACCAGGCACGGGGUCCUCUGCCCCAAGGUCGGCGCCGGAGCUCCCUCGACUCGCCGGAGCUCCCUCACCGGAGCUGCCAGGGACGCGUCUCCACCUCUCCAUUGACGCUCCAGGACGAAGAGUCGCUGGUUGUAAACUAA